UUUCUAGACCUGAUGGUUCUUUACGCAGCUAAGCACGACAGCGGGCAAAUAGUGGCCGGUGACUGUGUGUGGGGGGAAGGCCUUUCAAGAAUAUAUAAAUUCCCUCCAUUUGGGAGGCUAAACCAGCCUUUUACAGCCUUCCAUAUCGUCCCAAGACAUACUUGGCCACGAGAGGGGGCCUGCUGCAUCUCUGGAUGAGUCGCCGCUGAGCCCGCAUCUCCUCUGGCAAGUCCCGCCCCUCUUGGCUCUGCGCGCAGCCUCCCGCCUCUCCCCGGGAAGCGCCCUGCAAGGAUGACCACGCUCACGCGCCAGGACCUCAAUUUCGGACAAGUGGUCGCCGACGUCCUUUCGGAGUUUUUGGAAGUGGCCAUUCACCUUAUUCUCUACGUCCGAGAAGUUUACCCCACUGGCAUUUUUCAGAAGAGGAAAAAAUAUAACGUACCUGUUCAGAUGUCCUGCCACCCCGAACUCAAUCAGUACAUCCAGGAUACCCUCCACUGUAUCAAACCUCUACUAGAGAAGAACGAUGUGGAAAAGGUGGUGGUGGUCAUUCUUGAUAAGGAGCAUCACCCAGUGGAAAGAUUUGUCUUCGAAAUCAUGCAGCCACCCUUACUGGCAAUCAGCUCGGACUCCCUCCUCAACCACGUGGAGCAGCUCCUGCGGGCUUUCAUUCUGAAGAUCAGCGUGUGCGAUGCUGUGCUGGACAACAACCCGCCAGGCUGCACUUUCACCAUCCUGGUUCACACCCGCGAAGCGGCCACGCGCAACAUGGAGAAAAUCCAAGUGAUCAAAGACUUCCCCUGGAUUCUGGCCGACGAGCAGGACGUCCACAUGCGGGACCCACGGCUGAUCCCCCUGAAGACCAUGACAUCGGACCUUUUGAAGAUGCAGCUCUACGUGGAGGAGCGGGCACAGAAAGGCACCUGAGCGCCAGCCAGCCCCAGUGGAUUUCGGAAGCCCGGACCCUCGUCUCGGGCGACGCACUGCCAAGCUGUGACAACCUUGGUGCUUGGGCUGGUGACACACGCGCAGCCCCUUCCCGGCUGCGGCGUGCCUCGAAAGUGCUCUUAAAUCCUGCCGGACCGUUCCCACUUUUUCAGCCGAUGCACAAGCCGUGUCCUUUUCAAGUCGCUGGACCUGAGGGAGGGGGCGUUACAAAGCUGUGCCUGGACAGGGGUCGUGUUUCUUUGCCGUGAAAACAAGCGUGUAACUGUCUGGCUGCAAACCCCCAUCCGUGUUAUUUGAAGUGAAUGUCGGUCAUUGUGUUCCAAGGUGCUAAUGUAGAACUACUGAGGAAGAGUCCCCUGUAAAUAAACUUCGUGUUCAUGCUGUG